AGGCGCUCCCGCGGUAGGCGCGGUGCCUGGCGGUUCCUGCCGGCAGUUCGGGUUCCGGCUCUUGUCCCCGAGGUGCGACCCCCGGGACGCCCCGCCGCCCCGCCAUGGGCCUGGAGCUGUACCUGGACCUGCUGUCCCAGCCCUGCCGCGCCGUCUACAUCUUCGCCAAGAAGAACGGCAUCCCCUUCGAGCUGCGCCCCGUCGAGCUGCUCAAAGGCCAACACCACAGCGAUGCUUUUGCCCAGGUGAAUCCUCUGAAGAAGGUGCCAGCUUUGAAGGAUGGAGACUUCACCUUGGCUGAAAGUGUGGCCAUCCUGUUGUAUCUGAGUCGCAAGUAUGAGGUCCCCGACCACUGGUACCCCCAGGACCUGCAGGCCCGCGCCCGUGUGGACGAGUACCUAGCAUGGCAGCACACCACCCUCAGGAGUAGCUGUACCCGAGCCAUGUGGCAGAAGAUGAUGUCCCCAGUGUUCCUGGGUGAACAGGUACCCGCUGAGACAUUGGUCUCUACUCUGGCCGAGCUGGACAGGUGCCUGCAGCUGCUUGAGGACAAGUUCCUAAAGGACCAGGACUUCCUUGCUGGACCCCACAUUUCAGUGGCUGACUUGGUGGCCAUCACAGAGCUGAUGCAUCCUGUCAGUGCAGGCUGCCAAAUCUUCAAAAGCCGACCCAAGCUGGCUGCAUGGCGCCAACGUGUGGAGGCCGAGGUGGGGAAGGACCUCUUUCAGGAGGCACAUGCAGUUGUCCUGAAGGCCAAGGACUUGCCACCGGCCGACACCUCCAUCAAGGAGAAGCUGAAGCCCUCGGUGCAGGUUUUGUUGCGGUGAGAGGAGGGCCAGGCCUGCAGAGAUGAUGGAGGCUCUGUUGUCAAAACGAAGAGGUGGAGUUGCCCUCGUAGGCUGUGAGCAAGACACGCUGUCCAGUCUCUGUCCCCAGUUCCCUCCAGGCACCAGGUCCUCCUUCCUUACUCCACUCCUGCCCCUUCCACUCUGACUUCGUGUGAGCUUAGUAAACAUGUAUUUGACCCUGUC